AUGAGGAGGCCCCGGGAGCUCGCGGACAAGACAUGGUACUUUCGCUUUCACCGGCAAAACAGACAUGACACGGAAGAGUGCCGCGAGCUGAAGCGACAGAUCGAGGAGCUGAUUUGGAGAGGGCACCUCGACCGCUAUCUACGACAGGAUAAAGAGCUUUCCCCCCGGCCCGAGGGCCCCAUCGAAAGGCAGAUCGAUGUGAUCACGGGCGGCCCGACGUUUGGGGGAAAGAGCAUUUCCGGGCGGAAAGCAUACACCCGCGCUGCCGCAGCCGAAGACCCUGGGCAUGGGCCCGAGCCCAAGGUCAUGUUCCCCCCCGAGAGGGCCAUGCGGCCCGAGCACGAUGACGCGUUGGUGGUGGCCUCCAGGAUCGCCAACGCCCAUGUGAGUGCUAGUCAUAGGUGCCCAGCAAGCCAAUCACGUGAGUGA